GCCCAAGCCUCCUGAAUGUCUGGACUCUGGUCUCCUAGGACAUGUGGCCUCAGCGUGGCAUCACAGGCAUUUUCCCCAGGACAUGUCCUUAAGCCUUUGCUCAGAGGUGCAGGUGUGAAACCACUGGCCUGGCUACUUUCCCACUUGCUGUGUAGCCUGAGGAAGUCAUUUCUGUCUCUAGCUCCUGCCCUGCAUCUGUGUGACCAAGGCUGGACCCUGCCCUGGCGUUGGGCCUCUGGUAGAAGCAACAGCCAGAUCCGGAGCUCUACGCAGGAGAUUGGGGAGGAGCUGAUCAACGGGGUCAUCUACUCCAUCUCCCUGCGCAAGGUUCAGCUACACCAGGGAGCCACCAAGGGCCAGCGCUGGCUAGGGUGUGAGAAUGACUCGGCCCUGAACCUCUACGAGACCUGCAAGGUACGCACAGUGAAGGCUGGCACUCUGGAGAAGCUGGUGGAGCACCUGGUGCCUGCCUUCCAGGGCAGUGACCUUUCCUACGUCACUGUUUUCCUGUGCACCUACAGAGCCUUCACCACCACUCAGCAGGUGCUAGACCUGCUGUUCAAAAGAUAUGGCUGCAUCCUCCCAUACUCCAGUGAGGACGGUGGACCACAGGACCAACUCAGAAAUGCCAUCUCCUCCAUCCUGGGCACCUGGCUGGACCAAUACUCAGAGGAUUUCUGUCAGCCUCCGGACUUUCCCUGCCUCAAGCAGCUGGUGGCUUAUGUGCAGCUCAACAUGCCUGGCUCAGACCUGGAGCGCCGAGCUCACCUUCUUCUGGCCCAGCUGGAGGACCUGGAGCCUAGCGAGGCUGAGUCUGAGGCCCUGUCCCCAGCUCCAGUGCUGUCUCUGAAGCCAGAGACACAGCUAGAACCAGCGCCAGCACUGCUUCUGGCAUCCAGCCGAGCGGUGGCAUCAGUGCCAGAGCCAGAGCCAGAGCCAGAGCCAGCUUCUGAGCCAGAUCUGGCCCCAGGACCAGCACUGGCAUCCAGCCCGGUGGUGGCACCAGCUUCUGAGCGGGAACCAGCUCCAGCACCACCUCUAGAGCCCGAGCCAUCCCUCGCACCUGCUUCAGAGCUGGAGCCGGCUCUCUCACAGACCUUAGAGCUUGAACCAGCCCCUGUGCCAGCUCCCGCACUAGAGCCUUCCUGGCUUCUGCCUGGAGCCACAGAGAAUGGACUGGACGAGAAGCCUCACCUCCUGCUAUUCCCUCCGGACCUGGUGGCUGAGCAGUUUACACUGAUGGAUGCUGAACUGUUCAAGAAAGUGGUGCCCUACCACUGUCUUGGCUCCAUCUGGUCUCAGAGGGACAAGAAGGGCAAGGAGCACCUUGCACCUACCAUCCGUGCCACUGUCGCCCAGUUCAACAACGUGGCCAACUGUGUCAUUACAACCUGCCUUGGGGACCAGAGCAUGAAGGCCUCAGACAGGGCCCGGGUGGUGGAACACUGGAUCGAGGUGGCCAGGGAGUGCAGAGUGCUCAAGAAUUUCUCCUCCCUCUACGCCAUCCUCUCUGCUCUACAGAGCAAUGCCAUCCACCGCCUAAAGAAGACAUGGGAAGAGGUCUCCAGGGACAGUUUUCGAGUGUUCCAGAAACUGUCAGAAAUUUUCUCUGAUGAGAACAACUACUCCCUGAGCAGAGAGCUGCUCAUCAAGGUAAGGAAGCCACAUGGGGACAGCCAGCCAGCCAGGCUGCUACAGGAGGAUGAUCCAGUUGGGAUCGGGAAGGAGACAGGUGUCAUCCAGGGCACGGUCCCUUACCUGGGCACAUUCCUCACUGACCUGGUGAUGCUGGACACUGCCAUGAAGGACUAUCUGUAUGGGAGACUCAUCAACUUCGAAAAGAGAAGGAAGGAGUUUGAAGUGAUUGCCCAGAUCAAGCUGUUACAGUCUGCCUGCAACAAUUAUAGCAUUGCUCCUGAGGAGCACUUUGGAGCCUGGUUCCGAGCCAUGGAACGGCUCAGUGAGGCUGAGAGCUACAACCUUUCGUGUGAGCUGGAACCCCCGUCUGAGUCAGCCAGCAACACCCUCAGAAGCAAGAAAAGCACAGCCAUUGUCAAACGCUGGAGCGAUCGCCAGGCUCCCAGCACAGAGCUUAGUACCAGUAGCAGUGCCCACUCCAAGUCCUGUGACCAGCUCCGGUGUGGCCCCUACCUCGGCAGCGGGGACAUCACUGACGCCCUCAGCGUGCACUCAGCUGGUUCUUCCAGCUCUGACGUGGAGGAAAUCAACAUGAGCUUUGUCCCGGAGUCUCCUGAUGGCCAGGAAAAGAAGUUCUGGGAGUCAGCCUCCCAGUCAUCACCAGAGACCUCUGGCAUCAGCUCAGCCUCUAGCAGCACCUCCUCUUCAUCAGCCUCCACCACACCCGUGUCUACCACACGUACCCACAAGCGCUCCGUCUCAGGGGUCUGCAGCUACAGCUCCUCACUGCCACUCUAUAACCAGCAGGUGGGCGACUGCUGCAUCAUCCGGGUCAGCCUGGAUGUGGACAACGGCAACAUGUACAAGAGCAUCCUGGUGACCAGCCAGGAUAAGGCCCCGACUGUCAUCCGAAAAGCCAUGGACAAACACAAUCUGGACGAAGAUGAGCCAGAGGACUAUGAGCUGGUGCAGAUCAUCUCAGAAGAUCAUAAGCUGAAGAUUCCAGAAAAUGCCAACGUGUUCUAUGCCAUGAACUCUACCGCAAACUAUGACUUUAUUCUAAAGAAGCGGACCUUUACCAAGGGGGCUAAGGUCAAGCAUGGCGCCAGCUCCACCCUCCCUCGCAUGAAGCAGAAAGGACUCAAGAUUGCCAAAGGCAUCUUCUAAGGACGUCUCCCAGGGUCUGGCUGGCUGGGACUAAGCACUUAGACUAGAGUGGCCCAGGCCACGCAGGUACCUCUGCCCACCCGCCAGCCCAGGCUACCCCCAGACUCCAGUUUCACCCUAAACCUCUCCUGCUGCCGGGAGUGACACCUGCCACUGACAGGCUGACCUGGCCUCCGGGGACCACUUGCCGCCUUAGGUGCCUUCUGCUCUCUGGAACCAGAGGACUAGCUGACUUUUGCCAAGGAGUGCUGCCAACUGGGCAUGGUACCUUGCCUGCCCUGGACACUACCCUCCACACUUUCCUGACACCUCCCCAGGUGCAGAUCACUGCCACCCAUGCCCCCGGAUGCUCCAGGACACCCACACACCCAGCAGGGCUGACCACUGCAUUCUCUCCUUGUGCCCACAGGCACAGGCCUGGGAUCUUCAUGGAAGUCCCGGCCUUUCCUCCCCCACUCUAGCCUUUCUCAGGCUGCACCAAAGAUUCCACCUUCAGGGCCUACAGAGUGAGGGAGUCUCACCCACCACGAGCCCCAGCCCUCCCUUGGAUCAGAGAGAGAAGCCCUCUCGUGGACCACCCGGUUGGUAUCGAAUCCCACACCACUGAAAGUGCCAUUCAACACCACUACAUCCUGGGUUGUACAAGACUACGUGAAAUGGGAGGCCGAGGGUAAAGAUAUUUGCGGGGAGGGGGAAGUCGACUGAAUAUUUGUAUAAAAAGUAAAAAAGUUUACUGUUUGGGGUGGGGCAAUAUUUAUUUGUUGUAAAUAGAAAAUGCUAGACUUGAAUAUUAUAUUAAAAUCCCGUUUCUACUAUG